AUGGGCACACCGUCCCCUGUGUCCCAACAGCCGAAGGCUGUGAGAGCUGCAGCUGCUAAAGCUGCGUCACGGGGACGCCGUUCUUCCUUGAGGCGAUGGACCCGUUUAGCAAGUUCCAAAGUGGCGUGGGUCUUGGUCCUGCUGGUCGCUGUAUACUUGGGCUUUUUCUACAGCCCACGAGUCCUGACCUGCAAGUACGAAGUAAUUGGGGGGCCCGGUCUAGAUCCUGCAUUCGCGGCUCCUACUCGCCACUUCCGGAUAGCCGUUCGAAACGACAGCGGCGGUGAACUUCCCAUUGGAUUCAAGAAGGAUAAUAUCCGCCUCACGUGGCAUAUUUCGCCUUCGAUUCCUGGACGUGCGGGGCAAUCUGUUGCUUCAGAGUUGUAUGACUUAGGCGGAGGUGAAUUUCAAGUGGCUUUUCGGGUCAAGGAAGGCGUGCCCAGUGGCCACGAGCUGCGCCUGCGGAUUAGCUAUGCUGACAAACAAACCCCCAUUUCUAUUCCACCUCUUGACAUCUCAGUACCAGGGCCCAUUCAUGAGCCCAGUUGCACCGCCCCCGUCCAGGCUUUUGCCUGGACGCAGGCCAUGGGUUGUCCGCGCACCUUCCCACAACUGGAAGAGGACCUGAAGAGUUUUGAGACCAUCGAUCUUGGCAAGCUACGGCAAGCUAUCCCAAAACUACUCCAAAGGAGCUCUGCAACUUCGUUGUUGCAUUAUGUUAUCAAGGACAAUCAGGUGUUCAAAAAAGCACACGGUCCUUUUCCAGCAUUUUCUUACUUUGCCGAUAUGGUCUUCCAUCAAUUGGCAGCCACUGUCAAAUUGCCUGACGUUGAAUUUGUGUUAAAUGUGGGAGACUGGCCUCUUGUGGAGAAGUCCUGGGGUGAAGGAAGGGUUCCAGUGUUCUCUUGGUGUGGGUCAACUGGCUCCUUUGACAUAGUACUCCCUCAGUGGGACGUUUCGCGCUCGACAAUCUUGGGUAACACCGAGUCCGAUCCAGAUCUUUUGGCCUCUCAGGGCUGGAGCCUACAUGCGUGGGAAUCUAAAGAUUCCCGAGCGGCAUUUAGGGGUCGCGACAGCAACCCCGUUCGCGUGAAGCUUGCACAGUUAUCUGCACUCCAUCCAGAUCUUCUGGACGUAGCCAUCACCAGCUGGGAAAACGACGAGAACUUUGAAGCUGAGGAGCAGCUCGGAGGAGGCAGUAAGAAGUUUAUUAAACUGUCCGAGUUUUCCAAGUACAAGUACAUUCUUGAGCUUGAUGGCACCGUGGCUGCCUACAGAAAUCCAUACCUGCUUGCGAGCGGAAGUUUGGUGCUGAAACAGGACAGUGCGUAUUACGAGUGGUAUCAGAGGGAACUUUCCCCUUGGCAACAUUUCGUACCUUUCAAUGGAACCGGCGAAGACUUGCUUUCGAAGCUGCAGUGGGCAAAAGAGAAUGAUGCGGAGGCAAAGAGGAUAGCAAGCAACGCUCGACAGUAUGCAAAGAUCAGUCUACUCCCGGAGCGCGUCCUGUGCUUCUACUAUAAAGCCCUAGAGAGUUACGCACUGAGGCAAGUAGGAACGCCUACAGUUAUGGAGGACAUGGUAUGGGUCCCCCCACCUCAGCUGCCAAAAUACAAUACAUGCGGCUCGCCAGAUCCAUUGUCACGCUUGGGUGACUAUCCAGUGGUGCCUCUUCACCCGACCUCAGUGGAGACAUUUCUGUCCCGAGCAGAUAAGGACACAGUUGUGAUUGUCCACUCGGCGUUCUGCAACAGAAGCGCUCGCAUUUUGGCUGAUAUUUUGGUGAUGGCUCGGAUGUACAGAGCUGCUGGUGCUGACCUUCAAUUCGCAUCUGCCGAGACCUUUACGGCACAGUACCCGAUUAAGUGGAUUCAAACAACGAAUGGACCCCAACUUUUCUUCUUAAAAAAAGGGUCUAGCACUCCCGAGCAACUUGCAGGGCAGCUCACCAGAACGGCAGCCGUAACUUUCAUUAAUUCGAAACUUCCUGAUGUGCAGCACCACAUUAUCGCCCCGCCAGAAGUUGAACAAAUUAUUUCGGAUCCCAUCCCGCAAAGGAACGAUGGACCGGCGAAGCAAAUAGUCGCCAACACGUUUGGCGAGCUCGUAUUGGGUUCUGACAAGGACGUGCUUCUAAUGGUGUCAGCCCCAUGGUGUGGCUAUUGCAAAAAAAUAAGGCCAGCGUUUUUCCGCUUUGCGCGGGCAGUUUCUGCGAACCCUGCGGCAGCAGCUGUGCUGGAAGUCGCAAAGAUGAAUGGUCCCACCAAUGAAAUUAGACACAAGGGAUUUGCCGUUACUCACUACCCAACAAUAUGGUUUGUCCGGAAAGGCGAAAAGCAGCCCGUAGUUUUCUCUGGUAGAUCCACUGAGGAAGGUUUUUUAGAGUUUGUAAAGAAGCAUGCCACAAAUCCUGCUGAUCUCGAGGGUAUUGUCACAACCCCAAAACCUCCAAGUGGCACGAAGCUGUCAAUGAAGGAUCUGCAGAGCAAGUACGGCUCUCCCAUACUUACCGUCGAUUCGGAGAGCUUCUAUGACGACGUGCUUGACAACGACAAGGACGUACUGCUGCUUGUAUACGCUCCCUGGUGUGGACACUGCAAGAAGUUAGAACCUACAUACGAAGAAUUCGCGAAGCUUGCAGCUGAGUCGAAGUCAGCAAACGAGGCAUUAGUGGUGGCGAAGAUGGACGGAUCUGCCAACAGGCUACCAGAUGAGAAGUACAAGGUGACGGGAUUCCCAACGGUCUGGUUUUUCAAGAAGGGUUCGGACACGCCCAUCAAGUUCAUGGGAGAGCGAACAGCAAACGGUCUUGCUUCGUUCGUGCAGCAGCACGCAACCACCAAAAUCGAGAUGAAGAUCCCUGCUCCACCGGCUCCAGUUGCUGUAUCACAACCUGCACCAACGACGAAUGAUGGCCCAGUGAAAGUCGUGGUUGGUGAUACGUUCAAGUCGCAAGUACUUGAUUCCGGCAAGGUGAUUGAGGACUCAGUUGUGAAUUCGACGGUGUUAUGUGGAUCAUGA